CUGACGCCCAAAGCUCCUCGUUGAUUGGACAGUAGAUUCAUAUAAACUCUGCUCGCGUCUUUCCGCUUCCUCUUUCUUUCACGCGACCCUCUUGUGUGAAGUACUACCUUGUCUUUAAACCAGCUUUAAAGCGAUCCUUGGAAGCACUGCAAAGAUGCCCAGGGAAGACAGGGCCUCGUGGAAGUCCAACUAUUUUAUAAAAAUAAUCCAACUUUUGGAUGACUAUCCAAAAUGCUUCAUUGUGGGCGCAGACAACGUGGGCUCCAAGCAGAUGCAGACCAUCCGCCUGUCUCUGCGUGGGAAGGCUGUGGUGCUGAUGGGUAAAAACACCAUGAUGCGCAAAGCCAUUCGCGGCCACCUGGAGAACAAUGCUGCCCUGGAGAAGCUUCUGCCUCACAUUAAAGGAAACGUGGGCUUUGUCUUCACAAAGGAGGAUCUGGCUGAGGUCCGGGACAUGCUGUUGAACAACAAGGUACCUGCAGCUGCCCGUGCUGGAGCAAUCGCCCCAUGUCAUGUGACUGUGCCAGCCCAGAACACCGGUCUGGGUCCAGAGAAGACCUCUUUCUUCCAGGCUCUGGGUAUCACCACAAAGAUCUCUAAGGGAACCAUUGAAAUCUUGAGUGAUGUCGGUCUGAUCAAGACUGGCGACAAGGUUGGUGCCAGCGAGGCCACGCUCCUCAACAUGCUGAACAUCUCGCCGUUCUCCUACGGACUCAACAUCCAGCAGGUGUAUGACAAUGGCAGUGUUUACAGUCCUGAGGUGCUCGACAUCACAGAGGCUUCUCUGCAUGCAAAGUUCCUGGAGGGUGUGAGGAACAUCGCUAGCGUUUGUCUGGAGAUUGGCUACCCCACUCUGGCAUCUGUCCCUCACUCCGUCAUCAAUGGCUACAAGAGAGUUCUGGCUGUUGCUGUUGAGACGGAUUACUCCUUCCCCCUGGCAGACAAGGUCAAGGCCUUCCUGGCAGACCCGUCCGCUUUUGCUGCUGUCGCAGCCCCUGUAGCAGCUGCAGCAGCGGUGACUUCUGCAGCUCCAGCUGCUAAGGAAGCGGUUAAGGAGGAGUCUGAGGAAUCAGAUGACGAUAUGGGCUUUGGUCUCUUCGACUAACACAGCGAAGAAACCAGAUCUGAGUCAAACAUGAUUAAAUAAAAUCUGUUAAAUCUAAA